CUUCCUCUUCCCGAGUAAAAGAAGAAAAAAGAAACUAAAAAAUAAAGCAAUUAAGCAAAGAACCUAAAGGUACAACCCUAAUCAGCACAAAAAAUUGCUGAACGCCUGAAUUCCCCUACACCGGCGAACUUGCCCUUCUCCUCGCCGAUGAGCUUCCGUCGUCACUCUAUAGCUGCCGGAACCCUAGUAUUUUCCCUAUAAAUCGACAUGGUCGAGGUUGAGGCUUCUCCACCUGAUCUCAACAACGAAACCUCUCCUCCUCACCACACAAUUACAAUGCUGCCCGGUGAAAGAGAUUAUGCAAUGGGAAAGAGGAAGGAGCAAGAUAUUGGUGAACCUGAAGGGAGCAGAAAAAAGAAGAAAAAGCAAGUUGCCAAUCCUCGUCCUGCUUGUUCUUGGGUGCACUUCAGCCGUGACUUUAUUAAAGAGUAUAGUGCUACACAUCCUGAAUCUUCAGGCCUGAAAGCUGCCACAAAGGCAGCCUCAGAUGCAUGGAAGCUGAUGAGUCCUGAAGAAAAGGCAAAGUACACUACUCGUGCCCGUGAAGUGUGGGAUAAGUACCUGAGCUCGACACCAGCCCGCCCUCCUAAGCCAAGAAGACAGACCAAACUAGUUACGAGGUGCUCCCCUGGCCGCUUGCUAAAUGUCUUGCAACGGCUCACACCGGACCAGAAGGAGGCCGUAAAGAGCAUGGGCUUUGGUAGCAUCCUUGGCCUCAGAUGUCGAACUCUUCGAAGAAGCUUGUGUCUUUGGCUAUUGGAAAGGUUCAAUACUGUAAGACGCAGCUUGGAAAUCUGUGGUGAGAGGAUACCUUUAACUCCAAGGGAUGUGGAACUUGUAAUGGGCUUGCCUGCUAGUGGGAAAGAUGUGGUGAACUCAGGGUCUGACGAAUUAAUUCUUGAAUUGCGUAAGAAAUACAAUGCGACCAAUCGUGGGAUUUCUGUCCGUCUUCUGGAGGAACGACUUGCAGCUCCAGAAGCUGGGGAGGAUUUCAAAAGGUCAUUUGUGCUUUAUGUAAUGGGCACUCUUGUGUGCCCAACUGCAAGGCUGGACGUAAGCCCCUCUUUCCUCCACUUUUUGACAAAUAUGGAUGUACUCCAUCAGUAUAAUUGGGGCAAGUUCUUGCUUGACCGGCUAGUACGGGAGAUAUCUCGCUUUCGUCAAGGGAAGCAACGGGCAGUUGGGGGCUGUCUUUUGUUCCUCCAGCUAUUUUACUAUGAGAGUGUUGCUGUUGGAGCAGCGUAUGAAUCGGCCCCUGUAGCUUUUCCUUGCUUAUUCUCGUGGGGUGAGGAGGAGAUUAGUGAGAGAGAAAAGCAAGAGAAGGAACUUGGUGGUUAUGGCUCGGGGGAGGUAGUCUGCAAGGAGAGAGGACUUGGGAUGGGGUCAUUUGGAUACAAAGCCCAAACUGAUUGUAUGCCAUUGAGAGCAGUGGAACAAGUACAAGAGCUUUCUCAUGCACAGGACAUGGAAGAUCAAGAAGAUGAGGAUACCUUCAUAGAACAGGAACAUGCGCACACAUAUAGCAUCCAACGGAAUGACGUCUGUGCGGAGGUUAAUGUAGUUGCUGAUUCAGGCCCAGUACCUUGUGGAAACAUGAACUAUGGAUGCACAGAAACUGUUGACUACACAAAUAAAAGAGAUCAUGAGGAGGCCUGCCUCUAUGCACCAUGCCCGUGCCCUCUCCAGAAUUGUAAUGUUGUUGAUUCCCCCAAUCUACUCUCAAUACAUUUCACCAGUAAGCACUGGGAUUCUGGGAGACGCUUCAAGUAUGAUUGCCCAUUGCGUGUCUCGUUGAGCAAGAAAGAAACUUUCCUUGUUUUACAAGCAGCAAAAGAUGGAAUCCUCUUUCUUCUUACCAAGGGAACACAAAGUAUAGGGCAUACGAUUGUGAUUACUUGUAUUGGUCCAAGUUCAUCAAAGGAAUGCUUCUUGUAUGAUGUUUUAUCAGAAAGAGGAAGUAGCUCUCUGAGAUUGAAAUCAUUCGCUCGUAGUCUUCCAGGUAGGAUUGAAGGUUUACCUCCAAUGGAUUUCCUUCUGAUCCCUUUUGCUCAUCUGGGCUCAUCUGGGCAGCUAGAUUUAGAGGUUUGUAUAUGGAGCUCGACAGAGCCUGGAUCAGAGUGAGCAUGAGUAGCUGUAAUAUCGCAGCUUUAUUUGUAUAAUUGUAUUUGUUAGAAUGUAAGAAAAUGUGAUUAAUCAGCAUGUUUGGGAAUACAGCUCCCAAUAGAGACUUGUUGCUCAGGGCAAGCGCGUGUUUAAUUAUAACCGAGCAAAGGAUAAGCUGCAGGAAAAUUAUUGA